AUGAUUUUCCCUCUCCUUGCUUUGUCUGCGCUCUCGCUCGGAGCUUUGGCUCAGAACUCAAGCGGUUCAAGUGUCUUCACCAAGUACACAAUCUCUGCGCCUGGCAUCAACGCAAGCUUCAUACCUUACGGCGCCCGACUUACAAACCUCUUAGUCCCAGACAAGAAUGGAAAGCCCCAAGAUGUUAUUCUUGGCUACGACAGUGGCGCUACAUACCUGAACGAUACCGAAACCGAUCACACAUACUUUGGAGCAGUAGUGGGUCGCUAUGCCAAUCGCAUCAAGAACGGCACUUUCACUGUGCAAGGCGUCACCUCCCACAUUCCUGAAAAUGAGCAUGGCGGAGAAGACACAUUACACGGCGGCAAUGUGGGAUACGACCAGAGAAACUGGACGGUGGUUUCCAGCAAUACAAGCUCGAUCACCUUCUCGCUUCUCGACCAAGGAUAUGAAGGCUUUCCUGGGACCGUCAUCACGUACGCAACGUACACAGUGUCUUCUGGUCCAACGUGGACUUCCAGACUUGUGUCAAUACCUCUCGACGAACCGACUCCCAUCAUGCUUGCCAACCACGUCUACUGGAACCUUGACGCUUUCUCCAACCCAUCAGACCUGACAAUUUUGAACGAUACACUCCAUAUGCCCUACUCUGCGCGCUAUGUGCAGAUCGACAACAUUGAAGUACCUAAUGGCACGAUCGGCAUCGUCAACGGCUCAUCCCUUGAUUUCACCUCUCCAAAACAAAUUGGAAGGGACAUCCUCAACGCCAUCGAUGACUGUGGAUUCAAUUGCACCGGCUACGACAAUGCCUUUAUCCUUGACCGUCCCCGGUACUCCUCGCCAGAAGCUACAGAUAUCAGCGUCCUCACAAUGUAUUCCAGCGUUACUGGUAUUCAGCUGGAUGUCUACACCAACCAGCAGAGUCUGCAGCUUUAUGCGUGUGACAACCUCAACGGCACCAUUCCUGUCAAGAUGAGCCAGCAACAUGGGAAUAGCACCUCGUAUGUGCCGAAAUUCGGAUGUCUGGUGAUUGAGACUCAGCAAUGGAUUGACGGCAUUAACAAUCCGCAAUGGGGACAAGACCAAUACCAGAUCUAUACCCCUACGACUCAGCCAGCUGUGAAUUUUGCCCAGUACGACUUCAGUAUUGUGAAACCGUGA